AUGGACGCAGGCGGUCUCGCUCAAAUGAACUCCAACAACUUUUCGUCGGCUAACGGCCUGGCCAUGCCCGGUGGAGGUCUUGCCUCUCGCCGCGGCGGGCCUGUCAAGCCCCUCUCCCUCUCCAAUGCUACUCCCGCCAGCAAUGCCGACAACGGCGCUCCCACUCCUCGCACCAGCAGAUCUCACCUUCUCGCGGGUCUUAGAACCGCCCCCAAGUCUUCGACUGCUACCAACUUCCCUGCCGGUGUCAACAACAACGCGCCCUCGCCUACUACUCAGUCUUUUGCCAGAAACGCAACCGCCAACAGCAUGCAGGCCCAGGCUCAGAACUCCUACAAUGGCCCCAAGACCGCUCUCCCCCGCUACGGUCAGCACCAGCAGCAAGCCCAGCAACAGGCUCAGCAGCAGGCUCAGCAAUUGCAGGCUCAGCAGUUCUUGCAGCAGCAACAGCAACAGCAGCAGCAGCAGCAGCAGCAGGCCUACGCGAACCAGCAGCAGUACACCACUGAGCAGGUUCUCGCGCCUCCUGAGAUUGUUAUCGAUGACCAGGAACAGAUGGAUCCCAGUCUGUACGCUCAACUUGUCGCCACCAACAUGUACCUUGCUCAGCAACAGCAGCGCCUGCAGCAGCAGCUCCUGAGCGUUCAGGCAGCUGCCCAGCAGUUCCAGGGCCUGAACCUGCAGGGUGCUCAGCAGCAGAUUCAGCAGCAACAGCUGGCUAUGUACCAACAACAGCAACAGCUCCAGAGCCUUCAGCAGUCCAUGCUCAGUGGCAUGGCUGCCCAGCAGCAGCCUCAGGUCUACACGUAUUACGACCCUGUCACGCGUCAGCAGGGCUACUACGUCGAUCAAGGCCAGAAUGACCAACAGGCUCAGUUGGCGCAGGUUUACGCUGCCCUGCAGCAGCAGCAGCAGCUUCAAAUCCAGCAACUGCAGCAGCAGCAGCAGCAAGCCCCCCGUGUUCAGGUUUCGCCCCCUCCCGAGAACCACGCCACCCCGUUCCGCACCGCUACUCCCCCUAAGCGCUACGAGUCUCCCUCUGAGGUAACCCCUCUGCCUCCUCCGUCAGCCAAUGCUUUCCGCCGUGGCCAUAAGAAGGUCAUGUCCUUGGCACUCAACGGUAACAACCAGGCUGCCCUUUCGCCUUCUCAGGAGCCCCCCAAGUCCGCUGGUCCCAAGACCGCCUCUUUCCCUCUUACUCCCUUGUCUGGAGGCUAUGGACCCGGCCAGGGACGUGCCGGCGAGCACCCCGUUCGCCAGCCCCGCGGACCUCCCUCCAUUGAGGAGCUCAAGGCUAAGCCUACCGCCAAGCACGAGGGAAGCAAGAACUUUGCCACUCGCACGCGUCGCUCAGCCGUCCACAACUUGGUCCGCGCGGGACGUGAGCGCAGAAAGGGAACCGGCAGCUCCAGCGGUAGCAUGAGCCCCGUCUCCGAGAGCGCCGAGGAAGAAUCCGGCACCCCCAUCACCGACAACGAAUCUGACUCCGGUCACAGUGGAUCUGGCAGCUUGGCUGGCGACAUCGAUUGCUCUCUUCCCAGCUCAAGGACGUCCACCAACGGCAGCUGGGGUGCCAUCGGCUCUGACCGCCCGAGCUCUCGUCAGAGGGCUCGCAAGAGCGUUGACAGCGUCAGCAGUGCCGAGAGCGGUGAGAACAGCUUCGCCAGUGUUUUCAAGAACUCAGCUCAGCGUGCUGGUAUUGAGGUGACGGACGGACAGCGCAAGGCGCCAAUGCUGGUCUUGACCAGCGCCGAGAAGAGAAAGAGCGGCAUCUUGGCGUAG